UGUCCAUCGCUACAAAGUCACUCUAGCCCGAAUUACUGCAACUUCUCCAAGUUUAGGAAAAGUUGGCCAGUCAGCUGAGCGCUGUACAAAGCGAAGCAGGACCCUCACACUGAAACCAUCCGCCUCUUCCCCACCCUGCUUUGUUUUAUCAUGCAUAUCAACCAUGUUGCCCAUUUGCUCCUCUCUUUUCUCUGCAUCGCAUUGACUGCCCAUUCUAAGGUGGAGACAGAUGAAGUGGUUCCCAGGCUGCUGUCCCUUCAGGAGGCACACCUGUCCUCCGGCCACACCGACCGCACACAGCGGCGCCGCGGUCAGCGCUCCCUGGACGAAUCCGGGGAAGGACCCUCUGACCCGUUGAAUAUUAUUCUGUCACUUCCCGCUUUUGGAAGGAUCCUGUAUUUAAAUCUGACGCGGGACAGCGUGUUUCUCUCGAGGGGCUUCGCGGUGGAGGAGAGGCACGGGGACCGGAGCGCAGCAGUGAGCCGCUUAUCCAUGAACCAGCUCUGCUUUUACUCCGGCUUCAUCGUCAACCACACGGAUUCUCUGGCAUCACUGACCACCUGUGGCGGCCUGAUGGGGCUCAUCCAGAUCGGGGAGGACAUCCUGUUCAUUCAGCCGGUAGGUGAAAACAACCCAUCACAGUCAUUCUCCGGACUUAAACAUCAGUUGCUGCGACACCAACGCGCUACCAAGACCAGCUCUGCUCAAGAUGCUGACCAGCCCAACUUCUGUGGGACUGUACGAGGAUGUUCUCCCAGAAAGAUUAUGACUUGUUCAGGGAAGAAGAAGGAGAAGAUGUCAAAAGUUGAUGAGGAGGGUCGUGGGAAGAGAAACACCAUUCGCCUGCAUGAAACAUAUACUGUGGAGACAGUGGUGGUGGCAGACUCCGACAUGGUGCAGUACCACGGUGCCGAGGCUGCACAGAGGUUCCUGCUGACUGUCAUGAACAUGGUCUACAACAUGUUCCUACACCGGAGUCUGGGAGUCAGGAUCAACAUCCGUGUCACCAAGCUGGUGUUGCUUCACAGCCGCCCAGAAAAGCUAAAGGUGGGCCAUCAUGGAGAAAGGUCUCUACAGAGCUUCUGUCACUGGCAGUAUCAAGAGUUUGGGGGGCCACGAUACCUUGGCACCAACCAUGUUCCUGGUGGAAGAGAUGACAUCCCACCAGUGGACACUGCUGUGCUGGUCACCAGGACAGAUUUCUGUGUUUAUAAAGAUGAACCCUGUGAUACUGUGGGUAUUGCUUAUUUGGGCGGAGUCUGCAGCGCCAAGAGGAAGUGUGUGUUAGCAGAGGACAAUGGACUCAAUUUGGCCUUCACCAUCGCUCACGAACUGGGACACAACAUGGGAAUGAGCCAUGAUGAUGACCACGCCACCUGCACCGGUCAUUCCCACAUCAUGUCUGGUGAAUGGGUGAAAGGAAGAAACCCCAGUGACCUGUCAUGGUCCUCCUGCAGUCGUGAUGACCUGGAGAACUUCCUCAGGUCCAAAGCCAGUGCCUGUCUGCUGCACACAGACCCCAGGAGCCGUUACCAGGUCCGGCUUCCCCCCAAGCUGCCAGGCAUGCACUACAGUGUAGAUGAACAAUGUCAGAUCCUGUUUGGAACCAAUGCUACUUUCUGCAAUGAUAUGGAGCACCUGAUGUGCGCUGGCCUGUGGUGUUUAGUAGAGGGAGAUGCAUCCUGCAAGACCAAACUUGACCCUCCUCUGGACGGUACAGAGUGUGGAGCAGACAAGUGGUGCAGGGCAGGCGAGUGUGUCAGUAAGACUCCCAUCCCUCAGCAUGUGGAUGGUGACUGGAGUCCAUGGAGCCAGUGGAGCAUGUGCAGCAGGACCUGCGGUACUGGAGUCCAGUUCAGACAGAGGAAAUGUGACAACCCUCCGCCUGGUCCUGGUGGGCGACACUGUCAGAAGGCCAGCGUGGAGCACAAGGCCUGCGAAGGUCCUCCCUGUCCCAAGGGAACACCCAGCUUCAGAGACCUGCAGUGUCUGUCCUACGACCGACACGCCAGUAAAAAGAAGGGCAGCAUGCUGACUGCUAUUAUUAAUGAUGCGAAGCCAUGUGUUUUGUUCUGCAGUCCGGUGGGUCGAGAUGUCCCAGUUCUGAUGGCUGACAGAGUAAUGGAUGGGACGCCCUGUGGACCAUAUGAGGCUGACCUGUGCGUUAACGGGAGGUGUCAGAAAAUUGGCUGUGACAGCAUCAUCGGCUCUUCAGCCAAAGAGGACCGUUGCGGUGUAUGUAAUGGAGACGGGCGCUCCUGUAAGAUAGUGAGAGGAGACUUCAACCACACCAAAGGAAUGGGCUAUGCCGAGGCUGUGAUUAUUCCUGCAGGAGCCAGGAGAAUCAAAGUUGUGGAAGACAAACCCUCGCAUAGCUUUCUGGCCCUAAAAGAUUCCAGUAAGAGGUCAAUCAACAGCGACUGGAAGAUUGAGCUUCCAGGAGAAUUUGAGCUGGCCGGGACCACAGUCCGCUAUGUAAGAAGGGGACUGUGGGAGAAAAUGUCUGCCAAGGGACCCACUAAGACCCCCUUACACCUGAUGGUGCUGCUCUUUCAUGACCAGAGCUAUAUGAUCCACUAUGAGUACACAGUGUCUCUGAACACAACUCAGGACAGGAGCAAUGAGGAGCAGAGGGAACCAGAGUAUCUCUACAUCUGGACACACAGCAGCUGGCAGGACUGUACCGUCCAAUGUGGAGGAGGUGAGAGGAGGACAGUGGUUUCCUGUAUGAGGAUAGCCAAUAAAACCAUGGAGGUGGUCAACGAUAGCUACUGUCAACCUGAGAACCGACCACACCCCCAAGUACGACUCUGCAACUCACACCCCUGCCAGUACCGGUGGGUGACAGGAGAGUGGGGAUCCUGCUCUGUCACAUGUGGUAAAGGUCUUCAGCAGAGGGAGGUGGUUUGUGUAUACCACCUACAGAAUGGCUCACUCAUCCACACCAGGGACCUCUACUGUCAAGGAGGAAAACCUCCUGUUCUGCAGGGCUGUGAGGGCCGCCUCUGCCUCACCAUGUGGGAGGCUUCAGAGUGGUCCAAGUGUUCAUCAGACUGUGGUCAAGGUGUUCAUAGACGGACGGUGUGGUGUACAAAUCCUCAGGGUCUUUGUGAUCCUGUCUCUCAGCCCACUCAAGAGGAGCCCUGUAAGGACCACUCCAGGUGUUACGAAUGGAAGACUGGAGACUGGUCCAAGUGCUCGUCAUCCUGCGGGAAGGGCUUGCAGUCGCGAGUGGUCCAGUGUAUGCACAAAGUGACUGGUCGCCACGGUAUCGACUGCCCAGUGACACUGAGACCACCAACUUACCGACCCUGUCACCAUGGUGCCUGCAACGAGAGAAUCAACGUAAACACCAUCACCUCCCCCAGGCUAGCUGCUCUGACCUACAAAUGCAUGGGGGACCAGUGGACGGUGUACUGUCGCGUGAUCCGAGAGAAGAACCUCUGUCAGGACAUGAGGUGGUACCAGCGCUGCUGUGAAACCUGUAGGGACUUUUAUGCCAAGAACAUACUGCACAAGAGCUAAUGACCAAAUGCACCUACUUUUCCUCCAAAAAAAUGCUAAUUUCUUGUUUUUAGUACUGUUAAAUGUUCUAAGAAAACAAUGUCUAUUAUUGAUUUAACGCAAGUAAACAUAAGUGUACAUUUGAAAUGGGUUCAUAAGCUUCUAAUUUUGAUGAAAAAGAAAUAUUUCUUUGGCUGUACACCAAAAAAAGGGUGAGUCUUUAGAAUGCCAAUUCAGGCGGCUUUAUUGCACAGAAUGACACAAGUGCUUGAUUUUAAAGUAGAAUUUUUCUGGCUAGUAACAUGGGAUUAUGAGUUAGCUAGAGAUUUCCCCUCUCCUUUCUUCCUUAAUUAGCUUUUCCUUUGUAUCUUUUCUUCUGUUGUACUGUAUUAUAGCUAAUUGUUGUAAUUUUAAUAACUAGUAAAUAGAAGUACAUAAGUAAAAUUAUGAUACUUAAGUAUUAAUUAAGCAUACUACAUUUAUGUGUAAGUACUGAUCAGGAGUCAUGGUAAAAUACUGUGGGAUCACAGUGAAUCAACCAUGCUUAUGAAAGGAGACCCCGUGCUUUGGAUAGCUUAUGUAGCAACAACAUGGUGGAAGCAUUAACAUACACUCUAAGGGUACGUGGUUGUUUUGUUUUCUUUCAGAUGCAGUUCAGUUAAUGGAUUUAAAAUGCCUGGGUCAACAAUUUUACUCUGAUUGAUUUAAAUUUACCACUUAGAUAGUGUGAGCACCUCAGUGCAAAAUCUGGUUUUGCAGUUUUAGUUGUUUGUUCUUCAAGUAUGUGAUGAGCUGAAUGAGCAGUGAGAACUGACACCUUUCAUUAGCUGUUUCAGUACUUGUUGUCCGACUAUGGGCAUGACAUAGUUUGCUUAAAAUGUCCUGUGCCCCAAGCCAUGAACACAUGCGUCACCUGUACACUGUAGCCUCACAGCAGGGCUGUGAUCCUGCUUGGCUGCAGGACCAACCACAGCUUUUAUGCAAUCCAACUUAAAGGGAAAAUUUGACACCUUUUAUGUGGAUAUCCAGUCAGUGUUGUUGGUAAAUGUAGCCAAUUGAAGCAAUACAUUCCUAAGUCUGUGCUACUGGCUUGCCCAAGAAAGCAGAGUCCUGGGGCGAGUUCAAUCUCAGAACGUUUUGCACCGGUUUGCAACAUUUUCAGAUUGAACGACAUGUUUCCUUGCAACGUUGCGCAAAGUUUCACAACGAGCUUCGUGGUAUGUUUUCUUCUGUUUGGUGGGCGUGUCACAGGUAUUACCCAAUCAGCUGUGAAAGGUUUGUAAACACAACGGCGUUAAAAAGGCAUGCAUUGCGCUUGCGUACACAACAGGGUGUUCAGGGAAACACCGUUUCUGUUGAAAAAAACGUUUUGCUACGUUUUGUCUGCGCUGAACUCAGCCCUGCUAUUCCUCGUUGAGCCAUGCCAGCAGUGCCCACAUAAACCAGGAUUCAUUGCACAUAUAUGUAUGACAUAAAUAUACUGGCAGAAUGGACUUCUAACUACAAAGCUGAACUAGCAAUGAAGUAUAAAGUUCCACAAAAAUCAACAAGAGCAUCCAACUUCUAUAAUUCCUUUUUAGUUGGCUUCAAAUGACAAAUUAACGUUCAAACACUUUUUCUUUCCCACAUUAUUACAACAUUAGUCCAGCAUUGCCCCAGCCUGUAGGAGCACCACUCAGGUCUAUAAUGUUAGCUUUUACUUUGUUGGCCAAAACAAAGUUGAGUGACAAAAAAACUCACUCGAUGAUCAUCUGCCCUCUCGGGCACGCUGGUCUUGGUAGUCUUUUCAAGUUUAAAUUCGGAAUCCUGAAGAAGGUCUUCAGCAUACCUCUGUCCAUUUUCAUGCAAAAGGCUUUCUUAGGAUUGGUGUUGCAGACAGCAUCUAAAAAAAACUGCCCAUGCUCAAAUUUAUUGCAGCAGAAUAAUUCAGUUUCUGUUUGUACCGGAGAAAAAUUUCAGCAGAAGCACCAACAGUCGGUGUAUUAGCGGCUUAGGUCCUGGGGGUCCCAGCCAGCCAUAUCCUCUUGCACGGCUGUGACUGAGGCUACCUCUGCCUAAAUAUGACUAAAUACCCGAGUCAGCAAAAACAUUGUAAACUGUAUUCUUGUCAAUAUUAUGCUCUGCAGUUAACGCACAGUUGCAAACGUAGCUUGUUUGCAAAACAAGAUAAGAAGACAGCAUCUAGAGCUAGAAAUCAAGUAGCCUGUAGUUCUCUGUGCCAGCCACUACAUCACUGUCAUCUCAAAUGACGCCGCUGGAUGCAGCUACUUGGCAAACUCAGCUAGCAUGCGCUGAGGAAUUUAUUGCUUCAGUGGACUGCAUUUAACAUCAGCACUGUUUGGACAUCCUCAUUAAAUGUUCCAAUUUUCCCUUUAAUUUGAAGCAUACUGAGGCUUUUAGAUACGAGCUGUUACCUUGUAGCCAGUGCACAUACACUAAUAUUAAGUUGAUGUCAAAAUGAUAAGUUGAAAGGUCAACUUCAGUAGUCUUUUUAUAUUUAUUCAUUUUAGCUGAAGCUUUUAUCCAAAGCGACUUACAAUUGCUAUACACGUCAGAGGUCACAUGCCUCUGGUGCAACUAGGGGUUAAGUGUCUUAGCCAGGGGUAGCCGAGCAAGCACUAGUGCUAGGAAGGUGGCUUCAUACCUCUUCUUACAAUGAAAGUAAUGUUAGCCUCAUUAGCAAGGCUACUGAAAAGUAACCUCCUGAUGCCUGCACAUAUACCAUUAUCAUAUAUCAUUUGAGAGUAACCUGUAUCACUUCCCUUGACUUGAGAUGAACCAUGUUAUUGUUUGCACAUUGAGAUCUGAUCACAAUACAAAGGCCAUUGAUAAGAUGUCAUUAUGCGGAUCACAUAUCAAGAUACAGGUCACCUGUUAAUACAUAUUACAAUAGAAAUGGGGUUACAAGAGUAACUUCAUUGUAAAGUGCAUUAAAUCUACAUCUACAUCUGACAGUAAAUAUCUUUAAAUGGUCACACAUUGAAUACUUAAUAUGAGCACUAUAUGACAGCUGCCAGCAGCUGCUGUUAAAAAAUAUUCUUACCUUGUGAACCCUUUUCACAUAGUCAUGGAGCUCACAUGCAUGUGUGUGCAUGAAUGUCUGUGUGUGUGAUAACAACAAAUGCCUCAGUCUUUUCCAAGGGGUUGAAUGGUGCUGUCUUUUGACCUGUUUCACUAUUGUGGAAUUCAGCUUGCUGUGGUCCUAUAGUCUUUGUUAACAGUUAUCUGUUUUCGUAUGUUGUAGGAUUAUUUAAUAACAUGCCGUUUAUUGAUGAGUCUUUUUUUUUUCUUUUGCUGAUGUAGUGCAAAUAUGCUUAAUUUUUCCUGUACUGAACAGUUUUUCUGUUUUUCCAAGUUGCACAUACAGUUUGUUUGGUACAUAAACUGCCACUACAUGUAUUUUAUGGUGCUGAAAUGAGUAAAGAAUCUGUUUGUACAAGGAUUU